AUGACCAGUCCAGCACCUUGCAGCCGAUCCUGGUCCAUAAGUGAGGACUCGCUUAAAAGGUAUGUGCAGUUUGCAAGUGAAAGCUGCAUACAAGAGUUACUGUCUGCUUCAGACUCGAACAGGGACACUAGGGUUGGGACUGGGAAUAAUGCCAAUGAUGGCUGGAAGGUUCUUACUCUCGACAACGGAGUAGAGAUAUCAAAACGCAGGUCUGGAAAAACUGCAUCUUUUCACACCUUCCGUAGCCGCUGGCUGCUCACAUCAGUAUCACCCCAGCAAUUCAUUACCGUUGCCAACGCCAUCGACGCUGCCAAGCAAUGGGAUCCUGAUCUGGUAGAAGCAAGGUACAUAAAAGAUCUUGAAGAUAACCUCAGCAUCAUCCGCCUCAAGUUUGGAGAUAAUGCUAAGCCUCUAUUUAGAAAUAGAGAAUUCAUAGUCUAUGAGCGACGUGAAACCAUGGAAGAUGGCACCCUGGUGGUAGCAGUUGCUUCACUUCCAAAGGAGAUAGCUGCUGGAUUGCAACCAAAGCAAAAUAAUGCAAUCAGGGGACUGCUGUUGCAAUCAGGAUGGGUAGUGGAGAAGCUUAAAGGUGACUCUUGUAUGGUCACCUAUGUUGUUCAGUUAGAUCCUGCUGGAUGGAUGCCCAGGUGCUUUGUCAAUCGACUUAACAACAGACUGGUUAUGAUCAUUGAAAAUCUAAAGAAACUGGCACAAGCUUGUCCAAUUGAUGGGGAUGGGGGGGAAACAUGA